UUCGUCCCAGUGUAAGGUGGUGAGGGGGUCCGUCGGAACUCGCCCUUAUGUAACCGUCGGAAAACCAUCAACAAUUGCGCGCGACACUAACUUGAAUUGACAUUGCAAGAUAGCGGGGACCGCGGAAAUUAAUGAUCUUUGCGGCAAGGUAAUUGACGUUGAGAUAUGCGCCGGAAUUGGGAGCGAUUGAGUUGAGAAUAGAUUCAUUCAAGAGUCAAUUGAUCUCGCAUUCGAUUCAUCUCACCAUCAACCCUAUUCACUCCAAGUAUCAGUGAUUACCCUCCACAGCAAUCACAAUGACACAAGACACCAAACAUGAGGCUCUCCAGCCCGUUCAUCCCUCAAUGAAGGGUAAACUCGACCCUGUCUUCGAGAAGCUCUACAACGACAACGUCGCCAACACUCCCCUCAAACCAAUUGAUCUCGGCAUCCUCCGAUCGAAAUACUCAGUUCUCUACUCGUACGGCACUGGCCCUGCACCAGAUGUCGCGCGCCAAUAUGAUACCCAAAUCGUCACGCAUGAGGGCAUCACUUUAGAUGUUCGAGUGUAUGAGCCAGAUACUGCUGGUCCAUGGCCAGUGCACAUUGACUACCAUGGUGGCGGUUGGGGUCUGGGCGAUCUUGAUACGGAGAGUCAUAUUUGCAAGCAUAUCUGCAAUGUCGCUGGCGUCGCUGUCAUUGACGUUGCAUAUCGCCUUGUACCCGAGAAUGCCUUCCCCUGUGGUGUUACCGAUAGUUUCGCUGCUCUCAAGUACAUCUACGAAAAGGGCGCUGAGCGAUUCAGCAUUGACCCAGAGAGAAUCUCCGUUGGUGGAGUCUCAGCCGGUGGAUUCAUCAGUCUUGCUUUGGCGCACAUGGCGCGCGAUGCCGGCAUUCCUCUCAAGCUUGUCGCUGUUGGAACACCAGUAAUUGACGAUUUGAGUCAGUAUUCAUCAGCAUUAGAUUCACCAUUCAAGUCAAUGCAAGAAAAUGAACAUGCUCCUACACUCAAUUGGGGCCGACUAGCUUGGUUUGACAAGCUCAAAUGGAGCUCCCUUGGUUCAACCCCCGAAGAGAUCGCCAAGAAGCGUGCGCAAAUACCCGCGAUUUAUGGCAACCUCUUCAAGGCUGAUAACUUUAACAACCUCGCAAACACCGUCAUUUACACAGCGGGUGCCGAUCCAUUGAGAGAUGAGGGUGAAGCUUACGGUAUGAAGUUGAUUGAGCAUGGGAAUGAGGUGACGAUGAAGAGGUUUCCUGGCGUACCGCAUCCGUUUAUGCAUAUGGAUAAGGAUCUUUGGCAGGCGAAGGAGUUUAUUCUGCAGACUGCUGGUGCUAUUCGGACCGCUUUACAUGGGCUGUAGCUUUAGAUAGUCUUAUGGAAUCGUUUCUAAAUGGUUGAAAGACAUUAUAAAUAUUGACUUCGUGAUUCUGUAAAGCAAUAAAAGAAGGAAGGGUACCGUAUUGACGACCCU